AUUGUGAAAUAUGACUGGCAUGAAAGUUCAUAAGUCGAACCUCAAAAAGUUUACUUUUCUUAUAUUGGUAGAAUUCAUAUAUUAUAGCACUGCUGAAUGAAACUUGUCAGGCAAAUACGAAAUCUGAAUAUUAUCCAAUCUGCUGCUAUGCAUAGAUCUAGUUCGGUAGCUGCUAGGAAAAUUUUCUACCCAGCAGCUGAACGUAACAAGGAACCGAUUCUUUCUGUCUUGAAAGAGUACAUCCGCUCCGGCCCCAAUCAAAAUUUCCUGGAGAUCGGUUCUGGUAGUGGGCAACAUGUGGCUCACUUUGCUCUAUAUUUACCUCAAGUCACAUUUUACCCCUCUGAAGUUGAUAUUGGCAUGUUGGGUAGCAUAGUUGCCUAUACUAAAGAGAUUUCUAAUGUUCAGAGUCCAAUUCUAAUUGAUGUAACCACAAAUUCGGACUACUGGGGGGCUCAAACUUUUCGAGAAAACAGCUUUGAUUAUAUUUAUAAUUCUAACAUGAUUCACAUUGCUCCACAUGCGUGUACUGUUGGUCUUUUCGAAAAUGCUGGUAAACUUUUGAAGCAGAAUGGAAUUUUAUUUACUUAUGGACCGUAUAAGAUUGAUGGAACUAUAUCACCAGAAAGUAAUGUCAGAUUCGAUGAAUCAUUGAAAGCAGAAAAUCCGCAGUGGGGCUUGAAGGAUAUUAGAGAUCUGGAGAAGUUAGCGAAUGAAAAUGGGCUCGAUUUGAUUGAAAUUUUCGACAUGCCAGCCAACAAUAAAACGAUUAUUUGGAAAAAGGAAUGAUGUGAUUUAUAUACGCAAUAAUUACUAUGCUCAAUUACUCAAGAUAGAAAUAAUUGAAAGCUCUCGUAAUUGAGCAUUGACGCAUCAGAAUGACAGUGACUAGUCAUCUUAUCAAUUUAAUUGUGUCAUCUACGGUUAUAGCUUCCGUUUUUAAUACUAUCUUACAACUUUGCGAUACUUUUCUCGAUUGAAUUGAUCCAACUAUCAGAAAUUGUAAUUAAUUUUGGUACCUCAAUUUUAUUCUAUUUUACGAAUCGCACAGUAGAUUAUAUUAUAAUUUCAAUGUUAAGAAUUAUGGCUGGACUCGUUUUUAUUGAAAAAUUAUUAAUAUCAUUAAAUUACAAAUUAUGAUGCCAAUAGUUUAUUUGCAAUUCCUGGGAAGUUGAUUCUGAUUGAUUUACACUGGGUGGCGACUUACCAAGAAAACUAGUAACAGUCAGGGAAUCACAUUAUUCCACUGGAAAAUAUGUAUUUCAACGUUGGUAUUUCUCUAAAUUAUUUAAAAUCUCGCAUUGUACUUCGUAAAUUCAGCAUAACUUGCUUUUGGAACUAAUAUUGUUGAAUUUACAUGCCCCCCUCCUAUUUACAUGUACAGUUUAAUGCGCCAUUGGUUGCAAGCUAUUCACUAUUUUGCAAAUCAGGUUGAAACGGUCGAGAAAUAUUGAAAUUUUAGACCGGAAAAGCCGGACAAGUCCACCACUCUGUUAAAGCUAGCGUUAAAUUUUCUGUUUAAUUUGAUCAAAGACUAUGUGCUACAGGUUUGUGCGAUGGAAAAUUCAUCUGAGCCAUGAAAUUGUUUUGUGUAGUUUUUUGUAUGCGUGUAUGAAACUGUUUCAUUAUAUUUACAAAAAUAUCCCAAUCAUCAGCUCUUGUAAAUACCGUUUUCAAUCUCUAAUUUUUCAUAACUGACAUUCGCAACAAUAAAAAAAUAUUGAUAAACUC